ACCCCGUCCCCCAUCCGCGCAGGCCAACCAACAGUGACGCGAGCACGAGCACCCCUCCCCCUCUCCUCUCCUUCCGCGUCGCGUGCCCUCGCCGCAGCCCUCCCCCAUGGCGGACCAGCUCACCGACGAGCAGAUCGCGGAGUUCAAGGAGGCGUUCAGCCUCUUCGACAAGGACGGCGACGGUUGCAUCACUACCAAGGAGCUUGGAACUGUGAUGCGCUCCCUUGGCCAGAACCCUACUGAAGCAGAGCUGCAGGACAUGAUCAACGAGGUUGAUGCUGAUGGCAACGGGACCAUCGACUUCCCAGAGUUCCUGAACCUGAUGGCAAGGAAGAUGAAGGACACUGACUCUGAGGAGGAGCUCAAGGAGGCUUUCCGCGUCUUCGACAAGGACCAGAACGGUUUCAUCUCGGCUGCUGAGCUCCGCCACGUCAUGACCAACCUUGGUGAGAAGCUGACCGAUGAGGAAGUCGACGAGAUGAUCCGCGAGGCUGAUGUGGACGGUGAUGGCCAGAUCAACUAUGAGGAGUUUGUUAAGGUUAUGAUGGCCAAGUGAGGAGCGGUCCCCCAUAAAUAAGUCUGUCCCAAGCAAACCGAACUAUCAGACUCACAAGCUGUACUUUGUCAUGUCCCGUUGAUGAGUACGUAUCAAUAUCAUGCAGGUGGUAAUGUUGAGUAGUGGUCGGGUUAGGUGGUGUAGUCAUGGAAACGCGACAUCAGAUACCUGUUUCUUUUGAUUGUGAUGUUAUCUUGCAUUAUUGCGCCUGUUGGGGCUUUAGGAUUUGUUGAAGUUCAUAUUUUCGUGGGUAUAUUUUUUUUGCGCAA